ACUGACGCACUGGAACUUGGCAGCCAAUCCGGAAGCGCGGAGCAGUUUUAAAAUGAAGGCGGCGGGUGCGCUAGCCGUCACCUCUCGGAUAGCGAGGUGAUCUUUCCGUGUUCUGUGUUGAAGAUGUGGCGGGUGAGAAAACUGAGCCUGUCGCCAUCGACCCAGCCGGGAGAACCACCUGUGCGAACUCCUCUCCGAGAACUUAACCUGCAGCCCGAAGCUCUCACCAGCUCUGCGCAAGGGCCUGGGAUAUGCUACUCGCUGACCCCAUCGCUGUGCAAACUGGGGCUGCAGGAGGACGGCAACAACUCAUCUCCAUUGGAUUUUGAAAAUGCUAAGAUGACAGACUCCCCAUCAGAACAGUUCAGCCAUCCCUCAAAGUGGCUAGAAGCUUGUCAACAUGAAUCAGAUGAGCAGCCCCUAAAUCUGAUUCCCCAAAACAACUCUACUCCCAAAACUUCUGGGGAAGCAGUAGACCCAGCGGAAAACAAUGUAGUUGAAACCAUGGUCCUUGUACCCUCUGCAGGAGGGCAGCAGCAAGACAUUACAUUUGAGGCCCAUUUAAAUACCACAGCAGAGAUAAACAGUUUUCCUCUGGAUGAGUCUUUGAGGCCAGAAGAUCUGCUAAGAAAGGGGGUGGAACCCUGCUUUUCAGAAGUUGUCUCUGCUAUGCCUGAGAAAGACAGCUUUUCAGAAGUUGUUCCUGUUAUGCCUGAGAAAGACAGCUUUUCAGAAGUAGUCCCUGCUAUGCCUGAGAAAGACAGCUUUUCAGAAGUUGUCCCUUCUAUGCCUGAGAAAGACAGCUUUUCAGAAGUUGUCCCUGCUAUGCCUGAGAAAGACAGCUUUUCAGAAGUUGUCCCUUCUAUGCCUGAGAAAGACAGCUUUUCAGAAGUUGUCCCUUCUAUGCCUGAGAAAGACAGCUUUUCAGAAGUUGUUCCUGCUAUGCCUGAGAAACUGACAUUUCAGGUUCCUCCAGCCCAUCUGUUGGUGUGUCUACCAAAUCCCUGUUCUGAGCAACAGCUACACUGUUCCAAGGACAGCCUGAGGGACAGUGAACCUGAGGCUGCGCCUGAGGACUUGGUGUCUUCUGAAAGUAAUGCCAUCUUGCCUUCCUCCAUGCUCUGUCUUCCCCCUUCAACUGCCUUUCCAGCGGAUUUCCCUGUCGGUCAUGUGGACUCAGGGCAGGAAAUUGUAGAGCAGGGAGCUAUAGAGGAAAGAGAAGUGAGCUUUUCCACACUCCCAGAGGUGGCUGAACUGGGAGAUCAAACACUUGUCUCAAAUAUGCAAGAUAUUCCGUCCACAUGCCUGACCCCAAAUCCAGGAGAAAUGGAGUCCCGGCCAGCCCCGGGCCCAGCAGUAGAAGAGGCUGGUAGGAUUCCCAUCUCUGACACAGGGCCUUGGAUGUCCCCACUGGCCUGGCUGGAGAAAGGUGUGGAUACUUCAGUCAUGCUGGAAAAUCUCCGCCAGAGCUUAUCCCUUCCCGCUGUGCUUCAGGAUGCUGCAACCGGCACUGCUCCUUUCUCUACUUGCUCAGUGGGGACUUGGUUCACUCCACCAGCACCACCACAGGAGAAGGGUACAAACACAUCCCGUACAGGCCUGGAGGGCACCAAGGACAGUACUUCGGAGAGGGAGCAUCUCCUGUGGGGGAACCACCCUCCAGACCUGACUGCCUUAUCUCGCCACGACCUGGAGGAUAACUUGAGGAACUCUCUUGUCAUUCUGGAAGUUCUCUCUCGCCCGCUGCGGAAUUGGAAGAGCCAGCUGACUGCCCCUCACCCGGAAGUUCGUGAUAGUAGCACACAGACUGACACAACUGACACCUGCCGCAGGGGGAUAAAUAAGAAACUUGAGCUUCUUCAGGGAAACCGAGAGAUUGGACAGUCUUUGCAGCAGACCAGGAAUAUCAUGCAGUCAUGGGCUCUGGUCUCCAAAGAGUUGAUAUCCUUGCUUUACCUGUCUCUGUUGCACUUAGAAGAAGAUAAAACUACUGUGAGUCAGGAGUCUCGGCGUACAGAAACCUUGGUCUCCUGCUGUUUUGAUGUGCUGAAGAAAUUGAGGGCAAGGCUCCAGAGUCUCAAAACAGAAAGGGAGGAGGCAAAGCGCGGAGAGGAAAUGGCCCUCAGAGGCAAGGAUGCGGCAGAGUUGGUGCUAGAGGCUUUCUGUGCACAUGCCAGUCAACGCAUCAGCCAGUUGCAACAGAACCUGGCAUCCAUGGGGGAAUUCAGAGGACUCUUGAAGGAGACCCAGACCCAAAUGGUAGGUCUUCAUACUGAGCAGGAAGAGAUGGCUCAGGAGACAGCAAGUCUUACCUCUGUCUUGCAACAGGACUGGACGUCCAUGCAACAGGAUUAUACAACAUGGACAGCUUUGCUGAGCCGAUCUCGAGAACUCACAGAGAAGCUCACAGCCAAGAGCCGGCAGACCCUACAGGAACGCGAUGCUGCAGUUGAGGAAAAGCAGCAGGUUUCCAGGGAGCUGGAACAAGUCUCUGCCCAGUUAGAGGACUGCAAAGGCCAAAUAGAGCAACUGGAGUUGGAAAAUAGUCGCCUAGCAACAGAUCUCCGAGAUCAGCUACAGAUUCUGGCCAGCAUGCAGAGUCAGCUACAAGAGCUACAGAGUCAGCAUGCCCACUGUACCCAGGACCUGGCCAUGAAGGAUGAGUUGCUCUGCCAGCUUACCCAGAGCAAUGAGAAGCAGGCUACUCAAUGGCAAAAGGAAGAGAUGACACUAAAACACAUACAAGCAGAGCUGCAGCAACAACAUGCUGUCCUGGCUAAGGAGGUGCAGGACCUGAAGGAGACUCUGGAGUUUGCAGACCAAGAGAACCAGGUAGCUCAUUUGGAGCUGGGCCAGGUGGAGUGCCAGUUGAAAAGCACACUGGAAGUGCUCCGGGAGCGCAGCCUGCAGUGUGAGGACCUCAAGGACACCGUAGAGAACCUGAAGGCUAAACUGGCUAGCACCGUAGCAGAGACCCAGGAGAAAGACCUGGAGAAGACACACCAGUAUUCCCAAGAGCUAAGGGUGCUGACUGAGCAACUACAGAGCCUGACUUGCUUCCUGCACACAAAACUAAAGGACAAGGCUGAGCCAGAGACCCUCCUGAAAAGCACAGCCUGUGCUUCUACCCAGGAGCACCCUCCGUCCACUGACAGCACCUUCUUGGGAAGCAUCUUGACAGCAAUGGCAGACAAAGAGCCAGAACCAGCUCCUGUGGCCUUGCUUGGAAGUGACAAGAGUGCUUUCACUCGAGUUGCAUCAAUGGCUUCCCCUCAGCCUACAGAGGUCCCAGGCAUGGAGAAGAGCCUGGAAGAAAUGCAUACUAGGAUUCUAGAGCUUCAGAGCCUGUGUUCCCUGCUGCAAGAAUCUAAAGAAGAAGCUGUCAGGACUCUGCAGCGAAAGAUUUGUGAUUUACAGGCAAGGGUACAGGCCCAAGAAGAACAGCAUGAGGAAGCCCAGAAGGCAAAGGAAGCGGACAUAGAGAAGCUGAACCAGGCCUUGUGCUUGCGCUACAAGAAUGAAAAGGAGCUCCAGGAAGUGAUACAGCAGCAGAAUGAGAAGAUUUUAGAGCAGAUAGACAAGAGUGGCGAGCUCAUAAGCCUUAGAGAGGAGGUGACCCAGCUUACCCGCUCACUUCGGCGUGCGGAGACAGAAACCAAGGUGCUCCAGGAGACCCUGGCAGGCCAGCUGGACCCCAACUGUCAGCCCAUGGCCACUAACUGGAUCCAGGAGAAAGUGUGGCUCUCCCAGGAGGUGGACAAACUGAGGGUGAUGUUCCUGGAGAUGAAAAAUGAGAAGGAAAAACUCAUGGUCAAGUUCCAGAGCCAUAGAAACAUUCUGGAGGAGAAUCUUCGGCGCUCUGACAAGGAAUUAAAGAAACUAGAUGACAUUGUUCAGCAUAUUUAUGAGACUCUGCUGUCCAUCCCAGAGGUUGUGAGGGGUUGUAAGGAGCUACAGGAAUUGCUGGAAUUUCUGAGCUAAGAAACUAAAAGCUGGAGUCUGUUUUACUUCUCUUUACCUGCAAUACUCCCCUACCCCGACACCAGGACCAAUUGGCAUGGAGCCAGUUAGGUUUAAUGCUAUUUAAAUAAAGUGUAUUUAAUGUA